AUGUGCUAUUUAUUUAUUAAUGCACAAACAAGCAAUACUACAGUGGUUGUUGCAACUACUACUACUACUACUGUGAAACCUGUUGUGGUUGUUGCAACUACUCCUGCUGUUAAACCUGCUGAAGUUGUGGCAACUACUACUGCUGUUAAACCUGUUGAAGUUGUGGCAACUACUGUAGUUGUUAAACCUGUUGAGGUUGUCGAAACUUCUACUGUUAUGAAAGUUUCACAUGCGGUGGAAAUAACAGAUGGACCUACUACUAUGAAAUGGAUGGACACAGAUGACACUACUGCUCCAGUAAUUGCAUAUACAGGAUUAACACCAGGUUUUGGACAUAGACCACAUGCAUAUCGAUAUAUUGGACCAUAUGUUGAACCACCACCACAUCCACUUGGCUAUUGUAUCCGUGGUGUUUUACGUUGUUCCAGAAUGAUUCCUUGUUGCAACGGACGAUGUAAUGUUACUAGAAUGCAUUGCCCAGAAAAUCAAAAUGUACAAUCUUAA